AUGAUACUACAGGCUUUUACCACUGGGUUUUUGGUACCUUGCAGUAGAGCUUUGGCAUUUAAUGGGGCUCGAGGGUUUAGGGUUUGGUGGGCAGCGGUAGGGUGACAAACGCCUAAGCUCCUAGAAUACGCCGGCCUGCCUCAAACACCAUGCUGAGCCCCUUCCAUCAUCCACCCACCAUCGUCACCCAAGUCGCCUUCACCCUUCUCUAUUCAUAACACUCAUCUAUCAUUCAACCAUAUUCUAUAUCAUCAACCCUUGCACCAUAAACUGAGCGGCCACCAUAAAGGUCUGAUAUGGUAGGAUAUCAUCCGAGAGCUGUUUUCUGAAGACAUUAGGGUAUCUAUCUUAGAUGGAUAAUCUUUGACCCAUAUUCAGAUGAGUUUGAUAUUCGGUGCUAAUAGGAGCAAAUAUAGGGUAAUGCUCAGUCUGGGAUAGGUGGGCCCCCACCGGGAGAUGGUGAGAAGGGCAAAGAUCAAAAGGUAAGAUUGGCUCUACCUUUAAUAAUUGCUAAGCCUCCCAAUCAUAUUUUAUCCAUCCCAUCACCUCCAGUUUCAUCAUAAAUUGUCGUGAAAAGUAUCACUAGGCUGAUUUCGUGUACAGAAGGAAAAGCCAAAGUAUGAACCUCCCCCACCGACUACUCGUGUCGGCCGGCGCAAGCGCCGUACUGCUGCCGGACCAGAUGCCGCCAGCAAACUUCCAACAGUUUACCCCAAUGCCCGCUGUAAACUUAAACUUCUCCGGAUGGAGCGUAUCAAGGAUCACCUGCUUCUUGAGGAGGAAUUUGUUCAGAAUCAGGAACGUCUACGCGGGAGCAAGGGCGAGAAGGGAGGUUUGGAGCAGAGGCAAGAGGAGGAGCGGAGUCGUGUUGACGAUAUGCGUGGAAGCCCAAUGGGAGUAGGGAAUCUGGAGGAGAUGAUUGAUGAUGAUCAUGCGAUUGUCUCUAGUGCUACAGGCCCUGAGUAUGCUCCACAUCAUGAGCAGGUUGUGCUAGGAUGAAAACUAAUUAUUGGGCCGUCCGUAGGUACUACGUUUCCAUCAUGUCAUUUGUCGAUAAGGAUCUCCUGGAGCCUGGGUGCUCGGUACUGCUGCAUCACAAAUCGGUCUCGAUUGUUGGCGUUCUCACAGAAGAUUCAGAUCCUUUGAUCUCGGUUAUGAAACUUGAUAAAGCUCCCACAGAGUCUUAUGCGGAUAUUGGUGGUUUGGAACAACAGAUUCAGGAAGUUCGUGAGGCGGUUGAGUUGCCCUUACUUCAUCCUGAGCUUUACGAAGAGAUGGGUAUCAAACCUCCGAAGGGUGUCAUUCUUUAUGGCUCUCCCGGUACCGGUAAAACCUUGCUUGCGAAAGCGGUUGCCAAUCAAACAUCUGCUACCUUCCUCCGCAUCGUUGGCUCCGAGCUCAUUCAGAAAUACCUUGGUGAUGGCCCUCGUCUUUGUCGUCAAAUAUUCCAGGUUGCUGCCGAACACGCGCCUAGUAUUGUCUUCAUUGACGAGAUUGAUGCUAUUGGCACCAAGCGUUAUGAAUCGACAAGUGGUGGCGAGAGGGAAGUCCAGAGGACUAUGUUGGAAUUGUUGAACCAGCUGGAUGGUUUUGAUGAUAGGGGUGACGUCAAAGUCAUUAUGGCCACCAACAAGAUUGAGACUCUGGAUCCUGCCUUGAUUCGACCAGGUAGAAUUGAUCGUAAGAUUUUGUUUGAGAAUCCUGAUCGUAUGUUUCUUCCACUUUCCCCAAUACGAGUGAUAUGAGGUUAAUACUUUCUAGAAAACACAAAACGCAAGAUUUUUACCCUCCACACCUCGAAGAUGUCGUUAAGCUCUGAUGUAGAACUUGAAGAGUUUAUCAACCAGAAGGAUGACCUUUCUGGUGCUGAUAUCAAGGCUAUCUGCACUGAGGCUGGAUUGCUCGCUUUGAGAGAGCGGAGGAUGAGGGUGCAAAUGGCGGAUUUCAGGACGGCUCGAGAGAGGGUCCUGAAAACGAAGAGUGAGGGUGAGCCUGAGGGAUUGUAUUUGUAGUUGGUUUGUUGUUGCUUUGCGCAUAAAUAAUCGGGGUUUACAAUGGAUUCAGUUAGCUCUUCAUACCCAUGUGUUGAUGCCUAUCAUGAUACUAUAAGUUAUCUCAGUGUAACAACACGACCGCUUUUCCUCUGUUGUUCUCAUAGCCAUGGCCUCUACACACGAAAUUGACCAAGUCACUGAAACACACAUUAACGUCUUGCACUAGAGCUUUAGAGCUUGCGUGGCAGGCAUUAUUUUUCAGAUAGAGAAGUGCACUGCAG